UCCUCUUUUUUUUUUCCUCCUAACACACGCCCCACAUGCUCCAGGCUGGACAGUGCCAGCCCAGCCCUCUUGCAGCCGGCGAUGCCCACCGAACCCAGGGGUGAACCAUGGCCCUUCUCCUACCCCCAUGACUCAUGCCCAGGUGCCAUCUCGCAGGUGACAGGGCAUUGCUCCUGCCUUGCCCUUGAAAAUCAGCUGCGCCAGCAUUGAGUCAGCCAGCGGAGCAGGAUAUGCUCUCCUGGACUUCCCGAAGGAGGACUCAGGGCUCACCGCUAGACAAGCCUGAGCUCCCUGCUGGCGCGGUGGGGGUUUGGAGACCACCUACCCACCCGAGGGGACAUCCCAGCAUGUCCCAGCCAAGGCAAAGCCGGGCUCUUGUCAUCGUCAACACCGAUUUCUGCAGCAGCGACGGUGAUGUGGUGUUUGGGACCCGGAGAGGAGCCAAGAGGGAAGCAGAAAAGCUUUCCAACAUACUCUCACGGCUCAACUACAAGGUGAAGCUGAUGCAUAACAAGACAGCCAAGGAGAUAGAAGACCUUUACCAGCAAGAAUGCUGCUGCGAGCAUGGGGAGUACUUUGUGAGUGUCAUCUCCAGCCAUGGAAAGGAAGGGGUCAUAUUCGGUUGCGACUCAGAGCCGGUUAAACUGACCUGGAUUUUCCAGAUUUUAUCCUCAGAGAAGUGCCUGGUGCUCACCAAAAUACCCAAAAUCUUCUUUAUCCAGGCUUGCCGGGGGGCAGAAUUCGACCAGGGGGUGGUUGUGGAAUGUGACAGCGGAGAGCCCGAGCCAGACUGCGAGCCAGACUGCUUCUCAGACUACCUCUCCAUCCCUCCCCAAACCGUUGUGAUGUUCGCCUGCAGCCCAGGCUACGUGGCCUUCCUCAACGUCUUUGGAUCCAUGUUCCUCCAGGCCCUGCUCAAGGUCCUGGAGGGAGAGGAACGUCACCUGGCCCUCAACCGCCUCAUGACCCGCAUUAACUGGGAGGUGGCCUUUUGCUGCCAGGCCAGGGGCACCUACGAGGGAUGCAAGGAGAUGCCCUGCUUUGUCACCAACCUGCUGCAGGAGGUCUUCCCCUUCUCGGCACCCAUCGCAGAGGAGGCAGACGGCGUUUGAGAGUUGCCAGCUCUUCAGAAAAGCCCAAGGGGUGAAGAGUAGCAGCUUGGCUGCAAGAAGUCCCCUGCCAUGCAUGGAGAAAAAAAGACAAAGAAAGAAAACCAAGAAAACCCCUCUGGAAAGGUGACCGGCUCAAGCCAGGAUGUGCCAGAGCUACCGGUGGGAGGUUUUAACAAGCCAAGUGCAGCUGGGGCAGAUCUUACCAUGGGACCUUCUGCAGAGCAGAAGCAUCUGAUUUAAGCACAUGACGGUGCAGUGACACCCAAACACCCUACGGCAGCAGCCCCACACCACGGCUACCCACAGCUCUGGAGGGGGACAUAAACCUACUUCUCCCCCAUUUUCUUACACGAAAGAGCUCCAACCUUGCAAAUGCAAUCUCAUCCAUUUGGGUUUUUUUUAAUCUAAACAAACUUUCACAGGCCAUGGACUUCUGUCUUAGAGAGGCAAAGCUGCUGUGUUUACUUGGUGCCCU